AUGGCACUAGUCACGCUCCUCGCAGCGGGCAUCUAUCUCGCUAGCAUAGCGAAUUCCUUGGCUGUGACACAUUCCAGCAAUAAUAGUGAGCCAGGUUCUCCAACCAUUGACCUUGGAUACUCGAAGUACCGUGGUGUCAGACUUCCAGGGGGUGUGGAUCAGUUCCUGGGGAUGCGAUAUGCACGGGCACCUGUCGGUGAACUCAGGUUUAGAGCGCCACGGGAGCCAGAGUACGAGUACGAAGAACAAGACGCCUCCCAGUUUGGCGCUCUCUGCCCGGGUACCGGACAGCAACCUGGCAACGGUCUAGAUGAGGACUGCCUUUUUGUGAAUGUGUUCAGACCCUCAGAAGCUACUCCAGAGUCUAAGCUGCCGGUAUUGAUAUAUAUUCAAGGUGGCGGGUACGCAGCAAUGGGGAAUCCAAACUAUAACGGCACAGAGAUCAUUCGGUCUUCCGGUGGUAACAUGAUAGUAGUAUUGUUCAACUACCGCGUCGGCGUCCUUGGGUUCCUCGCCAGUAACUGUUUAGGGCACGAGGCCGACUUAAACGUCGGCCUUCUCGACCAACGCCAGCUAUUUCUCUGGGUUCAGACGCAUAUCGGCAAGUUCGGUGGCGAUCCGAGUCAUGUUGUCAUACAAGGCUCGUCAGCUGGAGGUGGCUCCGUAUCCCAUCACCUCACGGCCUACAGAGGCCGCGACAAAGAGCGCUUUUUCGUCGGAGCAAUCCUGGAGAGUCCGUUUUGGCCAACACUUCGAACUGUCUCGGAGAUGGAGUUUCAGUAUCAGCGGUUGAUGGGAUCGACUGGCUGCUCCUCUGUGGGUUGUCUACGAAAGAUGAGCCUUUCUGCUCUUCAGGCGGCGAGCGGCGGCUCUGCCUUUCCUGACACCAGACCUGGCGACCCCCUACCGCUUUUCUACUGGCUACCCGUCAUUGAUGGCAACUUGAUCCCCGACCAACUCCAUACCCUCUUCGCGACCGGCCAGUUCGCCCAUGUGCCCAUGCUGGUGGGCCACGUUGCCAACGAGGGCUCAUGGUUUGCCAACAAUGCGUCUAGCGCCGCAGAGGUCUCUUCUUUCCUUCGCUCCAACUACCCCCACCUCAAAGAGACUCAGCUAGAAGAGAUCAGUCACAAAUACGCGAAUAUGGCUCCGCUCCCUGGCCACGCAGCCUUCUUCCCUAGUGCUUCGGCUGCGUAUGGUGAUGCCACAUUUGCCUGCCCUGCCAACGAGAUGGCCAGCGCUGUAGCCCGCUUUGCUAGCGCUGCUGAGGUGUGGAGUUACCGGUACAACGUGCUCGAUCCGGAGAUUGUGGCUGGUGGCUACGGGGUUCCCCACACCUUCGAGAUAAGCGCAGUCUUUGGUCCAGGACAGGCGGGCUGGGCUGCAAGCUCUUACUACACUACUAAUGCUCCCAUUGUGCCCGUUGUCAUGGGGUACUGGACGAGUUUUGUGCGAAACUUGAAUCCGAACACUUAUAAACACUCCGACUUGCCAGAAUGGGAGACUUGGGGAAAUUUGUCGGGCUCGCAACUCCGGCUGCAGACCAAUGACACAGCAAUGGAAGUGGUUCCCGAUUGGCAGAUCAGGAAUUGCACAAUGUGGAGGUAUCUUGCACACACGAUGGAGCUAUGA